AUGCCAGCUAUGGUGUUGAGCCUUUUCGUACUUGCUGUUGCCUCCAUGCAUGCGAAGGCAUCAGACAGCGUGACUGUGACUUCAGAGCCAGACCAAAACACGCUGAACGCCCAGAUUGAGAAGCUGCAAGUAUGGAAUUUCAGCAAGUAUGCCAAUUGUGCAGUGCGACAAAGACCUGCGAGCAUGGGAGAGCUCCCAGUCUCAGAGCAGGAGUAUGUGGCGCUUGCAGAGCGGGCUCUGAAGAUUUGGUAUGCUGCGAUUUUGUUGCAGCCCAUGAA